AUGAGAGUUAUCAUUCAACGCGUAAAAAAUGUAGUCCUCCGUGUGGAGAAAGAAGGAAACAACAAUAUGAAAGAAAAGGAAUUAGAAGUUUUCAGUGAAAUAAAGAAUGGCAUUAUCUGCUUCGUUGGGAUACACAAGAAUGAUACAUGGAAUGAUGCUUUAUAUAUAAUUCGAAAAUGUUUGAAUUUACGUCUAUGGUCAAAUAAGGAUAAAACUUGGGAUAAAAAUGUAAAAGAUUUAAAUUAUGAAGUUCUAGUUGUGUCUCAAUUUACUCUCUUUGCAAACACCAAAAAAGGAAAUAAACCAGAUUUUCAUCUUGCAAAAGAACCGAAAGAGGCCUUACUUAUGUAUAACCAAAUGGUUCAAGAGUUUAUGAAAGAAUAUAAUGAAGAGAAAAUUAAAACAGGAAAAUUUGGAUGUCAUAUGGAUAUUCAGGUCACCAAUGAUGGGCCUGUUACAAUUUUCAUUGAUAGCCACGAUGUCAAUUUAACCAAAUGA